AUGAAUGUGAAAAUAAAGCGAGUCACAAAUCAAAAAUUGGUUUCCAUAAAAGUAAGGUCUUCUAUCCUUUGCUGGGAUUGGAUAGAUUUAGGUUGCAAUGUCUAUGCCAUGGAUACUCGCUCAGCUGCCAAAGUUGACGCUGAAUCUAUGGGUGCAAAUAAAAUAAAAAUGACACAUUCCUUAGAUUAUUACGUUUAGUAAUACUAGUAUCACUAGCACCACUAGCAUCACUAGCAACACUAGCACCACUAGCAACACUAGCAACACUAACAACACUAGCACCACUAGCAUCACUAGCAACACUAGCAACACUAGCAACACUAGUACCACUAGCAACACUAGUACCACUAGCACCACUAGCACUACUAGCAACACUAGCACCACUAGCAUCACUAGCAACACUAGCAACACUAGUACCACUAGCAACAUCAGCAAAGUAG